AAAUGACUACAUUGAAAAAGUUGGCUAAACCUAAUCCAGACGUUUCCCCAGAUGAUAAGUGGUGUUUAGUUUGCGCGACGGUUUUAACUUCGGAUGGUGUGGAGUUGUUAGGAGAUGGCACUGAAGAGUUACAGAAAAGGUUUCAUCAAGUAUUGAAAGCACCGGUUCCCAAGAAACCACCGUCGGCAAUAAUAUGUAAGAAAUGUGACAGAAAUAUCCGACGAAUCGCUGGACAGAAAGGGGAAGCGGCCGAACGUGAGAUCGAGUACAUGCAAAAGACGUACCGUAAAACAGUUAGCGACUAUAAUCUUAAGGUCGAACGAAAGUCACAGAAGCUUAAAAAGGUGGCCGAAGCCUUCAUGGGAUCCAAAAUGAAAGCUGCAGAUUCGAGUCCCGAGAAGCCAGUAACAGUGGCAGCCAGUAGAUGGCGACUCAUGGCUAAAGCUAAGUCCAGCACUACUGAAAGUAAGAUUCCACUUCCUUUAGCUAAUGGCGCAUCUAGCCCAGGAGGAAGUCCGAGUGGGGCUUCUACACCUACAGUUGAUCGGGACGCUCAUGCCCCAGACGGCGCUGCCACCCAUGACGCCAAGGAAGAGAGUACUAGUUCCAGUGACGCUACUGCAGGCGGGAAGAAAGAGGUUCGUUUCUCCACAGAGGGAGAUCAAACUGGUGCAGAAGCGAAAACUGGAGACAAAAGUCCACUAAUUAAACACGACUCUUUAGAGAAAGUUGAUCAAGAUACAUGCGCAGAGGACCGUCAAUCAUCUACGUCACAGGAAGCAGAAAAAGCAAAAGAAUCAGAACCAGGAUUUAAGAUGCCAUUCAGUUUCUUUAAGAAGAAGGAAUCGAUAGAUGAGAAACCACUGAAAGAGGAAAAUGAACUAAAAGAGGAGACGCAGGAGAAUGUGGAAGCCGCUGUAAAGGAAGUCACCGAAGUCGUUUCUACGGACGCUGAAACGGCCAUUAUUUCAACAGUGAAGGUCCCAGCUAAAGAUGCCAGUGAACAAGAUGGCGGCACUGAAAACAAGGGUGGCGACCAUGUAACACAAUUAAAUGGCGAAGUGAAGGCCGAAUUAGCAACCAAGUGUGAAGAUGGCCAUAGGAAGGAUGGAGAAGGAGAGACAGAAACUAAAGAUGAAGUUAAGUUGAUUAAGAAAGAAAACACCCCGCUGAUAAAAAAUGAAAGUAAUGUGAAAGACUCUGGACCAGGCAUGCUCUGUUGCACCAUUAUGUAAUCUUAAAUAUACUCCAUUCUACCUUACACCCUUUAGUAUGGGAUUUGGCAAAAUUCAAUAAAUUAUUGACAUUAACUUCCACACGCUCUCUUAUCGAUAAACCAUCUUAAUUAAGAGAAUUUCCAUCAAAAAAAGGAAUAAAAUGACUGAUUGAUUUCAAAAAUCUGUUAAUAUAUAUAUCACAGCAUGCACUAAUAUAACACACUUCUUCUAACUAUGGGAAACAUCAAUUACGUUGAUUUUAACAUCACAAAUUAUUCUUAAUUAGAAGUCCUUGCUAUUAUUAUUGAAAGUCUCCAAUGAAGAAAGAAACAGAAUUGGUGUUCGGGUUUAUUAAAUGACGAAUGUAAAAUUUUUAGAAAGAGUUUCCAGUGAUUUUUUUUUUAAAUGAACAGUAUUACCCAUUAGUAUUCUUGUUACUGCUGUUAUUGUUGUUGUUGUUAGCAAAGUUUAUAGUUGGCAAAAAUGUUUAAAUAAAAACUUUAAAAAAAAAAAAUCUAGAAAAAAAAAUCGAAAAAUGAAAAAAAAAAAUAAAAUAAAAAAACAAUGGUAUAUAUAAAAUAUAUAAUCUAUAAUUAAUUUUACAUAAUAUAGUUAGAUCACAGCUGUUAUUAGAUUAAUAUAAAAUUGUAGCUUUCAAAUUGUAUUAGAACACUCUAUGGGGUAACUUUUCAGACCAUUGUCAUGAAGUUACGCCAUGAUGGUUGUACUCACGAGAUUUAAACGAUUUGGGCGAAUUUCACUCAAAUUUCAAGUUGAUUUACAAAAUUUGAAGAAUAUAAUUUCUUAGACAAUGACAUUUUUUUAUUAUCUAAGAUAAAGAUUUAUCAAAAAUAUUAUACAACUUUCGUAACUAUUUCGUUUAUCUUUUUUUUAAAUAAGAUCACGUGAUAUUAUUAUGGGUCAUAUAUCACAUAACUGAACGUUCGUAGACGGUAACCAUUUAAUUUACACUGAAUAAUUGGGAUAAUCGAUAUAGAUAUAAAACGAACGUCUUGACAAUUGGAAUAAUCGAUAUCGAUAUAAAACGAACGUCUGGACAAUUGGGAUAAUCCAUAUGGAUAUAAAACGAACGUCUUGACAUUGUUUCUUAUCUUUGUCUGCGAUAUCACCUCGGUGGAAGCGGACGUAAAAUACAACUAACACACACAUUGUUUCUUAUCUUCAAUUUAAAGAAAAUGGAUACCCUCUGCGUACGUCUUUAUUGGUUCUUGGCUGAUCACGUGAUGUUACGUUUACUUCGAGGCUUGGCGUAUGACCAUGUCUUUCUUAAGCAUAAUUUUUACAUCUAUUGUAAUUUAUUAUUGUAUGUUAAAACCCUGAUAUAGUGUUUUAAUUUCAACUUUACCUCCUACAAUAUGCGUUUAGUUGUUAGGGUUGCUUUUACUUUAAUAAUGACAUGGCCAUUUGGAAAUACGGUGCAAAAAGUAAACGCGUACGUGUGAUUAAAUUGCUGGUGUAAAUUUUUUGAGGCGAAGUGGAUUUAUCCGUGAAUUGAAAUGAAAAACAGAUUAAUCAAAUAUUUAAAAAUAAUCUAUUUGAUUCAAAGGUCGACAGUUGAAGUUAAACACAAAAACUACACCCAUGCAGUUUGUCAUCUUAUUAUAGCAACUGUGUUUCUUUGUUAUUAUUUAUUUUGUUGUCUCUUAUAAAAAACUUAGUACUAUACAUGUAUAUAAUUAAAUAUAUUUUCCGAAUGAGAUUAUUGUAGAUGAUCCCUGGUGGACUGACACGAUGCCAGAAAUUAAUCCGACCUUUUGCAUUUGGAAGUUUACAACGUAUUGUAGUCAGGCCUGGAAAUAACGGUUUUACAAGUACCUGACAAAAUGUCAGGCACUAAUAAAAUAGUAUCUGACAUUUUCAACUUAGUGUCGGACAUGUAUUAAUAAUAUCAAUAAAAAAGACAAAUCUGUGCCGAACAAAAUGACAGGUACCAGAGGUUUAGUGCCUGACAAAGCCUGAAUCUGUGCCUGACAUUGUCAGUGACAGGUGCCUUAUUUCCUGGCUUGGUUUUAGUACAUUCAGAACUGACUUUUCAAUGGGAAAUUUGUUCUGUUUUAAUAGAAACGAGUGUUGUUUUCACUAUAGAAAUUGUUCUUAAGUACUGAUUUUUCAUUAGGUCAUCUUUGUUAUGUAUAUUGUUUUUAAUAUGCUGUGCAUUAUACAGACAGGGCCGGAUUUACCUGGGAUACUUGUGGGUCCUUGGCAAAACUCAUUGGUAGGCCUCCAAAUUUAUAGGUAUCUUGAAACAAGGUUAUGCGCAAUCGGAUUAAAACACAGAUCCUAUUUCGUAUCAUUUUCAUAAUUCAAAUUUUGUUUUACUGGUCUUUACUACACUAGGAUCUGAAAAAGUUGUUAUAUUACCCGCGUUCUGGCUGAAGUGAGGGAUUAGUACUAGAAACGUCAACGCGGAUUGAUUAAUCAAUGUCUGACGUCACGUGGUCAAAAGCCGCUCGUACGACCCCUGACGCGACCUUCCAUUACAACUGGUCAGAUCUUCAUGUAGUGUAGGCCAUCGAAAGUAUAAAAAACGAAACGAAAAAUAGAUCUCUAUUUUGAUCAGAUUGGGUUAUACUGCGUGACAAAUUAAUAUCAGUUGGCUCCCAGAUACCAUUAGGCCCUAGGCCGAUAGCCUACCAUGUCUUUUGGUAAAUCCAGCACCAAUAAAUUACUUACAGGGUUCCCGCGGUCCUUGAAAAUCCUUGAAUAUCCUUAAAUUUAAAAUUUCAUUUUCAAGGUCUUGAAUAUCCUUGAAUUUCGCGGAAAUAGGAAAAUAUCCUUGAAUUUCAGUUGAGAUCCUUAAUUUUGUUUCAAAUGUCUUCAAUUCCUUUUAAAUAUGAGAUUAUAACGAUAGUUGGUAAUGUUUUGGUUAUUUUUAAGAUGAAAAAUUGUAACUUUAGGCUAUAAAAAGUCCUUGAAAAUCCUUGAAUUUGACGUAUAUUUAUCCUUGAAUAUCCUUGAAAAAAUGUUUGACGAAGCCGCGGGAACCCUGUAAAUCCAGCACCAAUAAAUUACUUAGUCUUAUAGUUUUACACAUAUUUAUAGUAUGUCUAGUUUAGUGCACGUGAUAAUAUAAUUGACAGAUAUUUUCUUGCUAUUAGUUUAGGCUAUUUUUCUACUUUUGUACUUGUUCUAAAAUUGCUAGAUUUUCCAUUGAUAUGUAUAUUUUAUACAGAAUUAUGAACAGGCAGGACAAAUAGUCCAGAUAUUGAACUGUUCAUGGGUUAGGUUUGGGAAGGGGGGUUGUGUUAUCUGGAAAAAAAUGGGAUUAUAUUAUAAAUGGGUACAAUGGACACCUGUUGCAUGCCUGUACAGUAAAUUUGCAUUCAAUAUAUCCAAGUCAAAUUUCAAAUAUUCCUUCCACAUAAAUUCUUCCAAUAAAAUUAUGAAUCGCAAAGACAUAGUUUUUAAACUUUGUAUGUUACUCGUCCUGUAUCAUUUGAUAACAUUUGGCACAUUUGUCAGAGGAAUCUUUGCUUGUGAAAUUUUCACACAGCUGAGAUUGUGAAUCAUUUGAUAUUAAAAUAUCCGAUAUGUAAUUACAGUUAGUUUGCUUUGAUUAUAAUUAAACUGUCUUCCCAAUAUAUGGUUUCGAUUCCCCGGUUGUAAGUGACAAGGAGCAGGGUCGCCUGUCCAACCUCGUGGGUCCUCCGGUUUCCUCCCACUCCUAAAGACCCCUACAUGCAAGAGAAUUAUUGUAAUAACUUUGUUAGUCUCGAAAUGACCUACUUUCUCUCUCUCUCUCUCUCUCUCUCUCUCUCUCUCUCUCUCUUACAAUGAAUUUACCAUUAUUUCAAAAUCUGAAAUUACAAAUGAUAGCGUCCCCUUUUAUACCAAUCAACAAAGGACUCAUUUGAAAGAUUUUUUUCUUUAAUUAUAUCACAUAGUUUGGAAGAAAAGGGGGGUAUUUAUUCUUAAAAUAGAUAAUGAAACACGGGCUUCCCGACUGGGCAACAUAUUUAUAAAAAUGAUCCUUGGCCGUAUCCAGAACAACUCCAAUCGCUUAUAUGGAUGUAACCAGUUGUCACCGUGUACUGAUCUAUUUGGUAUAAAGAAUAGUGAUUUACUAUGGUAACCAAUGGUUACUAUAAAUGAUUGGAGGUUGCUAUGGACUUAAGCGAUUUGCUAUGGUAACCACUGGUUACUAUAAGUACUGAUUUUAGGUUGCUAUGGGUUUUAAAUAUGGCUACUUACUAUGGUAACCAAUUGUUAUUUUACGUACUGGUUUUAAGGACUUAAAGAAUGAGAUACUGAAGUAACCAAUGGUUACUAUAAGUACUGGUUUUAAGUUGCUAUGGACUUUAAAUAUGGCGACUUCCGGUGGUGACCAAUGGAUACCGGAUACUGAUAUGUAAUAGAUUGUAUUAUUUAGUGAAUAAUGAACCAAGUAUUUGACUGUAUUAUAUAGAAACUGUGAUCUAAUAUACCAUACCAUUGUUUUAUUGUUGUGAUUCAAUCUAACAUAGCUACAAACUAUUUAUCUACUGUUCUUAUCGGGCUGUUGUUCUCAAUAAAAUAUAAAAAAAUG